AUGAGGUACAGAGUUCAUGGAUCGGGUUGUUGGUCCCGCCUCUUCCUCCUCGGACCCUUACCGGUUCGGACACGCCUGGUCCGGGUCUACAGCGCUCAUCAAAAACCCAGCGGCUCUGGCACAGACGGUUCCGAAGGUCUGAAGGAGAGAGUGCUGGCUGUCUUACAGCACGCAGGUCGAUUGGGGCAGCAGUGGAGUCAAAAAUCUGCCCAGAUGGCUGCAGCCACCAUGAACAGCUGGUGGGAGAAGUACGAGGAGUUUGUCGGUAUCAACGAGGUGCGCAAUGCGCAGACUAAAGUCACAGAGGCCGAAGCCGAGUUCUUGGUGGCCAGGGGGGUUGUGCGCGAGGCCCACGUCGGACUGGAAGCUGCACGGAAUCGGGUGAAGGAGGUGCGCACCCGUUUGGACCGCGUAUCCCGGGAGGAGGCGCACUACCUGGAGCUGGCCACGCUGGAGCACAAACUGCUACAGGAGGAACGGCGCCUGCGGGCGGCGCACGGGCACGCCGAGGCGUCGGAGCGCGAGAGGUUCGCGUCCUUUUCGGCCGCCGUGCGGGAGAGUCACGAGAAGGAGCGAGCGCGAGCCGAGCGCACUAAGAACUGGUCGCUCAUCGGGUCGGUGCUCGGGGCACUCAUCGGCGUUAUGGGGUCCACGUAUGUCAACCGAGUGCGCUUGCAGGAGUUGAAAAGUCUUCUGCUGGAAGCCCAAAAGGGUCCGGAAAGCCUGCAGGAAGCCCUCAGAAUCCAAGCCGGGAACCAUCGCUCACAGCAGGAUGAACUAGGGGCGCUCAUCGACAGCCUUAGGGCGGCCGUCCCCGAGGGGCACAACCCUCGCUCGCCGCCAAAGACCGAGCCCAUCCUCGCAGUCCUUUCACCCCAAAUGUCCGAGUUACAGCAAGGCCUCGGGGUAGUCCGCGGUGAGCUCUCCCACGUGAGGAAACUUCUUGAAAGCGGAGCGCGGCGGGGGACCGAGCAGACGUCGGGGCCCGGGGAGGACAGCCGGAGGACUAUGUACAACGCCGCCUUUGCGUACACGGCCGCGGCGUUCACUGUCACGGCCGUGUACGCGCUGCUCAGAGGGGGAACUUAA